AGAGUUCCCACCUGGCAGGGGGUUGGACCUGAUGGCCCUAGUGGUCUCUUCCAACUCUGUACAGUAAUUCUAUUAUUCAUUCCAGAAAUCUUUAAGUUGAAUGUAAAUGUGCAAUCUUUUCUCCAUUAAGUAUCAUUCCACCUUGUAGCAUCAAAAGCUGAGACAGUACUUCCUUGCCCAAUUUACCAUACACUUAAUAAGAAUUGUGCCAAUAGCUGUUCUGCCUAGUCAUUAAACAUUUAUUUAACUGUAUGAUGAAUUGUUGCCUGAAUGUCCUUGUUCAUCUAUUUCUUUCUCCAGACUUUUGUGUUUGUCUGUUUGGUUUUAAGUCUCUAGGCUGUGUCCUUGUAGAAUAUCCUUCUACAAAAUGACUGCCCUUCAGGACAUAAUGAACAGGGUUAUUGUGUGCUUUUUCUUUUCACCACAGGUAUAUCUGGUAUAUGGCACAUACAGUUAUCAUCACUACAUGCAAGAUCACAUUGAUGAUAAUGGUUGGGGCUGUGCAUAUCGGUCCUUACAGACUAUAUGCUCAUGGUUCAGGCAUCAGGGAUACACAGACAGCUCCACACCUACACACAAGGAGAUCCAACAGGCUCUAGUUGAUGUUGGAGACAAGCCACCAGGAUUUGUUGGAUCAUGCCAAUGGAUUGGUUCCAUUGAAGUGCAGCUUGUACUAAACCAACUACUAGGGAUAACUUCAAAAAUAUUGUUUGUCAGCCAAGGGUCUGAGCUGGCUUCUCAGGGAAGAGAACUUGCUAAUCAUUUCAAGAUCGAGGGAACACCAGUUAUGAUUGGUGGUGGAGUUUUGGCUCACACAAUACUAGGAGUAGCAUGGAAUGAGAUCACAGGGCACAUCAAAUUUCUAAUCUUGGACCCCCAUUACACUGGAGCAGAGGACCUGAAUAUUAUAUUAGAAAAGGGUUGGUGUGGAUGGAAGGGCCCCGAUUUUUGGAAGAAAGAUGCUUAUUAUAACCUGUGUCUACCCCAGCGACCAAAAUCUAUUUGAAUGCCUGUUUAGAAGAUCAUGCUCAAUGAGUUGGUUUACCUAAAUGUAUGUUGUGCCUGCACAAGUGUAUGUUCAUUCUUUAGAGAAAUGAUUAUUACAUUUUUAGUUAAAGUAAUACCUUAUUCAGAAUCCCAGUUGAAAUAGAAAUACCAGUGCAAUCAAGCAGAGUGCAAAUUAAUUUGUGAUUUUUCAAAUAAAACUUGAGCAUUAAA